GCUGCCUUGCACAUUUUGACUUCCGAUUGCUGCUGGCUAGCUAAAUAUGAUAAAUACACGCAAGGUCUUUCCAAGUGAAGAAGCUGGAGAAAUUAAGAUCAUUUGAGACUUUAUCGUGCAAUAUUUUGGACCUGGCCCAGCCUUUGUGAGGAGCAGAGGAGUCUGAGUCCAGGCUGAAGAUGGUCUGAUGGACCGCCGCUUUUUGCUGACCUUCCUCUUCUGCUCAGUCUCGUGGAUUUUCUUCUGGGAAGUGUGCUGGAAGAAAGGCAAAGAAAGUCAGAUCGAAGAAUGGAUUCAAGGCCACAGUCUCUCCGAAUACAAACACUUACUUGAAGAUGUGGAGACUCUGGAGGAGCUGAGCCUGAGUGUUCUGACUCGUCUGGAGGACGUGGUGAGAGAGAAGCGGCGCUGGAGGGACAUCGCAGAGGCUCACAUCCAGCUGCUGCGAGACUUUGCCUUCCAGGAGUGGCUUUGCUCUCAAAGCCUUGAGCACUACUAUCAUACACUGAAGACCUUGGGUUGUAUGAAUUUGGAUGAUCUAGCCCAGUUUGACAGCCAGUUGCAGCUCUCUCUGGCUGCGUGGGGAUACUACUACGAAGACUACAUCAAGCUGUCCACGGGCGUCAAGGUUCUCCAGGCCUCUAGGGGGAGCCGCGACCAAGACUACGAGAUCCAACUAGUGCACAACCUUGCUGAGAGGCGGCUGAAUGAGAAGUGGUCUAUCGCGGGAGCUCUUAUAUUUGGCUGUACUGUGGCACUUUGCUUUCUGAUAAGGGACCUCAUGUUUUACGUGAUUGGUGGAAUUACUGUUUCCAUCAUAGCGUUUGUCUUUACCAUCAAGUUCCUAUGUGAGCUCGCUGCGCGGGUGGUUAGCUUCCUGCAGAAUGAUGACCCUGGGAGGAGGGGCGACCGCAGCAUCUACGACUAUGUACGGGGGAACUACCUGGACCCGCGCUCCUGCAAUGUGUCAUGGGAUUGGAAGGACCCACAGGAAGUGGGCCAAACUAUGAGCUUCUGUGUUCAGCUCUUCUAUAAGAACGGCCAGCCCUUCCCUGCCCACCGGCCCGUGGGGUUAAGGGUCAACAUCACCCACAUAGAGCUGGCCCUAGACAUCCCCGUCACCCAGGAGGUUCUGCAGGAGCCUGAGUCCAACGUGGUCAAAGUGACCUUCACUGUCCGAAAGGCCGGACGCUAUGAGGUGGCCGUCAAACUGGGAGGACUCAACGUGGCCUACAGCCCCUACUACAAGAUAUUCCAGCCAGGGACAGUGGUCCCAUCUAAAACGAAGAUAGCCUACCACUUCUCCACGCUGGUCUUAGUAUAUGGCCAGCAGCAUACCCUGCAGAUUGAGCCCCGGGACGAGUAUGGCAACCCCACCAGUAACUCCACCUCACUCAUAGACGAGGUCAACUACAGUGUCCACGUCCACUCGUUGGGCACAGUGGAUGACGACAGCCUGGAGGAGUACUACAGUAAGUCAGUGACGUCCAACAAGCAGCUGUGCCAGGUACUGCUGAAGAUCACCCUUAGGAAGAAGGGCUGUUUCCGGGCACGCAUCUCCUAUAACGACCUGCCCAUCAGCAAUGGGGAGUUUGACAUCAUCGUUCUCAGUGAGAAUGAGAAGAACUGUGUGGAGAAGAACGUGUCAACUCCAGGGAUCAGCAUCUACUUUGAGGCGUACCUCUACGGCACAGGGAACUACAGUAACUACAGUAACUCCUCGUGGCAGCUCCCAGCCUCGGCUCUGAUGGCCCCUCAGAGUCGACCCUCCAUGGGGGACGAGGAGGUCGAGCAUGACUCCCCUGUAGAAGACCAGCCAGAGAAGGUCAAGAAACCCAAAAAGGUCUACUGCUACAUAUCCCCAAAGCAACUGUCCGUGAAGGAGUUUUACCUGAAAAUUAUUCCAUGGCGCCUUUUUACCUUUCGAGUGUGUCCAGGGACAAAGUUCACAUACUACGGCCCUGACCCCGUUCACAAGUACCUGACUCUAGUGGUGGAUGAUGGGAUCCAGCCGCCAGUGGAGCUGAGCUGUAAAGACAGAAACAUCAUGGCUGCCACCUUCAUCCGUUUCCUGCACAAGAAUAUCGGAGGCUCGGAGACGUUCCAGGACAAGGUGAGCUUCUUCCAGAGGGAGCUCAGACACAUCCACUCCAAGAGACCUCGCACCAAGACCUGCCUGAAGAUCACACGCCACUGCAUCCUGGACUCGUCUCUGAAAUCCACCCGGAACUUCUCCGUGUCGGACUGGAGUAAGAACUUUGAGGUGGUGUUCCAGGAUGAGGAAGCUCUGGACUGGGGAGGGCCGCGAAGGGAGUGGUUUGAGCUCAUCUGUAAGACCCUGUUUGACACCACCAAUCAGCUGUUCACUCGCUUCAGUGACGACAACCAGGGCCUGGUCCACCCCAAUGCAGAGCGGCCAGCCCACCUGCGUCUGAAGAUGUAUGAGUUUGCCGGCCGCGUGGUGGGGAAGUGCCUGUACGAGUCAGCCCUGGGCGGGGCCUACAAGCAGAUGGUCCGUGCUCGCUUCACCCGCUCCUUCCUAGCCCAGAUCAUCGGACUCAGGAUGAACUACAAGUACUUUGAGACGGAUGAUCAGGAGUUCUACAAAAUGAAAGUCUGUGUCAUCCUAAACAAUGAUGUCAGUGAAAUGGACCUGGUGUUUGCCGAGGAGAAGUACAGCAAGUCAGGACAGCUGGAGAAGGUGGUGGAGCUGAUAUCUGGAGGAGCUCAGAUUGCUGUCAACAAUGAGAACAAGAUGCAUUAUCUGAACCUGCUGGCCCAGUACAGGCUCGCCAGUCAGGUGCGAGACGAGGUGGAGCACUUUCUCAAAGGUUUGAAUGAACUUGUUCCAGAGAACCUUUUGGCCAUAUUUGAUGAGAAUGAGCUGGAGCUGUUGUUGUGUGGUACGGGGGAUAUCGAUGUCCAGGACUUCAAGGCCCAUGCUGUGGUCGUAGGAGGGUCUUGGCACUUCAGAGAGAAGGUGAUGAAGUGGUUCUGGGCUGUGGUGUCCAGCUUCACCCAGGAGGAGUUGGCUCGCCUGCUGCAGUUCACCACCGGCUCCUCCCAGCUGCCCCCCGGGGGCUUCAGCACCCUCUGCCCCUCCUUCCAGAUCAUCGCUGCUCCCACACACAGCACCCUGCCCACCGCACACACCUGUUUUAACCAGCUGUGCCUCCCUACCUAUGACUCCUAUGAGGAGCUGCACAAGAUGCUGAAGCUCGCCAUCAGUGAGGGCAGUGAGGGCUUCGGCAUGCUCUGAUUGGCCUUAUCCCUGGAGCUCACCCCCAGACCCUGGUCACACUGUAGUCCUGCUCAUACA